AUGAGCGACGGUGACCAGAGUGAAGAUGGACAGGUGAUGAGCGGCGUUGAGCUGAGCCCAUCGGACGACGAGGAAACGAACGAUUCGCUCGACAUCAAGCCACCCCAGGCAAGCUACGCCUACUACGGAGGCAGCAAACGGAAAGAGAAAAAACCGAAAGAGCGAAGCAAAUAUUCCAAGGAGCAGCAAAUGCGCCACCAUAUGAUGGAACGUGAGGCACGCGACCGCGAUCGUGGCGGAGGCAACCGCGGGGAGCGGGAACACUACCGUGAACGAGAUCACCACUCCGGAGGUUCCCGGGAACAGCACCGGUCUUCACAGUCGUCACGCGUCGGGGCUUCCGGACUCGGCAGCAGUGGCCGGGAGCGGAUGCGGGAAAGUAACCGCGAAAAGCAUCACAGCACUCGCUACGAACUCAACCCAUUCUAUGGGGAAAUGCGAGAAACUUAUCACAGCAAACGGGACCGGGAACGUGAGCGUGAACAUCGCGAACGUGACCGCGAGCGAGACUACGAAAGGGUGCGCGAGUACCCCGAGAAGCGGGAACGGCGAACGGAAGUGCUGAAUGCGAUGAGCAGUGGCGACUCGAAAGCGGAUCCGGAAAAAAUGCUAGAAGAUCUGCGAACGCGCUUGUUGAACAAAAAGAAUCGCUACGAUUCUAGGCAGCAACAGCGGGAUGUACGCGAACGUGAGCGGGAUAUGUUGCCGGAUUCGGAACUGUACACCGACGAGAUGGAGUAUUAUCGUGAGAAACGCGAACGAAAACGUGAACAUCAACAUCGCCAUCACCGGGAGGAGGAAAUGGGUAAAGAGGGUCGCGACCGUGGUCGCAACCGGGAGCAUCGGGAGCGUGAGCGCGAUCGUUACGAAACACGUGGCACCGGAUCGGAUGUGGUUGAGAUCGUCGAAAGUCCGGAUCGUUACGAUACAGGAGUACCACGGACGGCAGAAGAAAGGGAACACGAAGCGCGACGGGCCAAGCUGCUCGAGGCCGAUCGUGAGAUGUUGCGUCGAAAAGAGUUGGCACGGGAAGAGCUGGAAGCUCGGCGUCUGCGCAAAGAAGAGGAACGCAACGAGAGCGAUCUCGAGACGGAUUCUGGAUCGGAUGACGACGAUGAUGACAACGAUGAGGAGGACGAUGCUGACGCCGGGGCGGACAUGGGCGAAGAAGGAGAGGAGGAAGACGAACAGGGAGAAGUAGUGGUAUUAAGCGGGGACGAGCAGCGGGAACGGCGGCCCAGAAAGCGAACACGCCAGCGACGCCAACGGCGGCAACAUCACACGAACCGUGGCGACAUUUCGAGAGGUGUAUCCGAAUCGGAAUCAAGCAGCUCCCGGGCAUCGGAAGAUGAAUCCGAGGGCCGUUCUAAUGGGGAAGAAGAUGAAGAACCGCCGCCGGUUAGUCCACUCUCUGUAGGUGAACUUGCCAAGUCCGAUCGUCGUGAUCGACGAGACAGCCACAGCGCAUCGGGCUCGGAAUCGGACUCGAGAAGCCGAUCGCGCAGUCCACACCACCGGCACGAAGAAAGUCGCAGCGACAGCAGCCGCUCGCGCGAGGAUCUACGGGCUCGGUCAAACCGUGACGAUGGUGAUCAAGAUAACGAUCGGGGAAAGAAACCGGAUGGUAGCAAAUCACCGAAACCAUCCGCUACAGCGGACGGGACUGCUGCAGGUGAAGAGGAACCGGAGGUGGAAGUGAAAAACACCCUACCACCGUAUUUCCCGGGCAUCCAGGGUUGCCGAUCGGUUGAGGAGUUCCUCUGCCUCAAUCGCAUCGAGGAGGGAACGUACGGUGUGGUGUACCGGGCCAAAGAUAAACGCACCGAGGAGAUCGUGGCCUUAAAACGGCUUAAGAUGGAAAAGGAAAAGGAAGGAUUCCCAAUAACGUCACUCCGUGAGAUCAACACGCUGCUCAAAGGCCAGCACCCCAACAUCGUGACCGUGCGCGAAAUAGUGGUUGGCAGCAAUAUGGACAAAAUUUUCAUCGUCAUGGACUACGUCGAACACGAUUUGAAGUCGCUGAUGGAAACGAUGAAGCACAAGAAGCAAGUCUUUCUACCCGGGGAAGUGAAAUGUCUCACACAGCAGCUCCUCCGAGCUGUGGCCCACCUGCACGACAACUGGAUCCUGCACCGUGAUCUCAAAACCUCCAAUCUGUUGCUCUCACACAAGGGCAUCUUGAAGGUGGGAGAUUUUGGACUUGCGCGGGAGUACGGUUCUCCGCUCAAAGCGUACACCUCGAUCGUGGUGACGCUCUGGUACCGCGCCCCGGAGCUGCUGCUCUGCUGCAAGGAGUACUCGACACCGAUCGACAUCUGGUCAGUGGGUUGUAUUUUUGCCGAAUUCCUGUCGAUGGCGGCCCUGUUUCCGGGCAAAACGGAAAUCGACCAACUGAACCGCAUCUUCAAGGAUCUUGGAACACCGAACGAAAAAAUCUGGCCCGGCUACAACCAGCUACCGGCGGUUCAGAAGAUGACGUUCACUGAGUACCCCGUCUCGAAUCUGCGCAAAAAGUUCUCCCACCUGACCAGCGAGCUUGGCAUCGGGCUGCUGCAGGGUUUGCUUACGUUCGAUUCUAAGCAGCGCCUCACGGCUGAAGUUGCCCUCCAGCAUACCUACUUCCGCGAGCUUCCGCUACCAAUUGAUCCCGCGAUGUUCCCAACGUGGCCGGCGAAGAGUGAGCUCGGAUUGAAGAAAGCACUCGCUUCCAGUCCCAAGCCACCGAGCGGUGGUGGUGAGUUCAAGAAGCUGGGAGAUGAUCCGGUCCCGGACAAUGCGAUCGGUGGCUUUCAUCUGGGAGGCGCAACGUACGCCGAAUCGAGACAGCUUGCCAUGGGCCCGGGAUUCAGUUUAAAGUUCUGAGGUCACGAGCUGUCAACCGGGUUCGGAUUGAAGUAGUAGUACUAUCCGAACACGGUUGACUGGGUGUGCCCAACGGCCAUUGGCAGGUUGGGUGACUGGAUGAAGACACUGUAACAUAUUGGCACAGCUAAACGAGGUACAUAUAUUAGAAGUUGCAAGCAGCAAUUUAAAGUAUAAUAACGGCCUAGAAAUAAAAAUGGUUAAUAUUCUAAUAUUGCAAAUUGAUCACAAUAAACGAAAAGUAAUUUAGAAAUUAAUACUGGUAAAGUAGCACUGUUGGCCGGUUGCUGGCCGAGUUUGUGCGUAGAACAACAUCUAUGUUUUCCUGUAAAAUGGAUGCAUGUGAUCAGUUAUUGUUGAUGCCGACACUUGA